AUGGUGGAAAGUUGGUUGAUGCGAAGUUCAGGGGAUGCGGCACGAGCGCGGUCAACUUCAAACGGGCCCAAUUAUAAUAGCCCAAAUCCCAACCCCAUACCUAAUAAUCUACAAAGAAAACCCCAAAAAGAAAGAAGUAGCAUACGUGAGCAGACCAGACCGAAGAAAAAAGAAGAAGCAGCGCACAGCCACAGGAGCCAAUCGCCCACUCCAGUCCGUCAUCGUUCUGGUGUCUUCUGCUCCCUUUGCCGCCGCCAGUUCCAUUCCACCACUCCAUUGAAGGGAAUUUGGAAGUUGAAAGAUGAAAAAGAAACUCUCAUUAGUAGUCUUUUUAAACGAAAAUUCCAAGAAAAUGAUGAUUUGGGUGCAACUCCUAGUUCAAAUAUUAUUAACGAUAAGCAAGAAAAUGAAGAUAUUGGUCCAAGUUCAAAGAAUGAUAUUGAUAUGCAAGAAAAUGAAGAUAUCGGACCAACUCCAAGUCCAAUUAUUACUUUGGCUUCAAGUCCUUCAACACGAAACAAAAUCGAUUUGAAUGAUCUUCCUUCGGAUCCCUCCGAUAGACCGCCUAUUACUAGUUAUCAUCCAAAUCAAAUAGACGACAUAAGAAGAGCGUAUCUUGUUAAAAAGGCUUUUCAACCACGAGGUCAUGACUUUAAAUGGACAAACUAUUCUAGUGGCCGAAGACGUUUUAAUGUUAAAUGGUUUGAUAAAUAUCAUUGGUUGGAGUAUAGCACUAAACAAGAAAAAGCAUAUUGUUUAUAUUGUUACUUGUUUAAUGAAAGUGUUGGUAAUAAAGGUGGAAGAGAGACUUUUGUAAGUGGAGGCUUUUGUAAUUGGAGUAAACCGGGUGUCUUAAAAGAACAUGUUGGGUUAGUUAAUAGUAUACAUAAUAAGGCGGCGCAAAAAUGUGAAAAUCUCUUGAACCAAAAGCGAUCCUAUGAUGCAAAUGAAAAAAGGCGUAACAAGGAAAGAAGGAUUGGAAAUCGGUAUCGAUUAAUGGGGUCUGUUCGUAGUGCUGGAUUUUGUUUAGAAAAUAGUUUACCGUUUCGUGGGCAUGACGAAUCUGAAAAGUCUCUUUAUAAAGGUAUAUUUCUUUCGGUUUUAAAGUUGAUUAGUGUGAACAACCCGGAUAUUGGUAAGUACACUUUAGGGAAGGCCAAGAAGAAUAAUAAGUUGACAGCUCCAUCGAUUCAAAAAGAGAUUGUCGAUUGCUAUUCGAAAGAAGUAACCAAAAUGAUUUGUGAAGAAAUUAAAGACGAUGUCUUUGGGUUGUUAGUAGAUGAGUCUAGCGACGUGUCUUUAAAGGAACAAAUGGCCGUAGUUGUGAGAUAUGUCGAUAAGGUCGGAGUUGUUAAAGAGAGUUUAAUUGGAGUUGCUCAUGUAAGGAAUACAUAUUCUUUAACUCUUAAAGAAGCCAUUGUGUCUUUAUUAGCCGAUAACCAUUUAAGCAUAGAUCAAAUCAGGGGUCAAGGUUAUGAUGGUGCAAGCAACAUGCGGGGAGAGUUUAAUGGAUUAAAAACUUUAAUUCUGAAAGACAAUCCAUCGGCACAUUACAUACAUUGCUUUGCUCAUCAACUCCAGUUAGUGAUUGUGGCUGUAGCAAAAAAGCAUGAUGGUGUUAAAGAAUUUUACGAAACUCUUGGCAUGGUUGUUAAUACAGUUGGUGCUUCUUGCAAAAGAAAAGAUAUGAUGUUGGAGGCAAAAAAAGAGAGAGUGGAAAACGAAAUUCUAGCGGGUGAAAUUAACACAGGAAAAGGAUUAAACCAAGAGGUUUCCCUUGCCCGACCAGGAGACACACGAUGGGGUUCUCAUCAUAGAACCAUCAUAAGUUUGUUGAAAUUGUUUCCGGAAGUUGUUGAGGUACUUACUUUUAUUAAACAAGAUGGAGAGACCUUUCAACAACGAUCCAAUGCGUCAGGUAUUCUAUCAUAUUUUGAGAGUCUUGAAUUUGUGUUUUACAUACACUUGUUGAACGAUAUCUUAGGCCUCACAAAUGCUCUAUCAAAACAUCUUCAAAAAAAGAGUCAAGACUUGUUAGAAGCAUCUCAUUUGAUAAGCGGGACAAAACGAGCUUUGAAUCAUUUAAGACAAAAUGGGUUUGAAAAGAUGUUGGCAAACGUAACAUCUUUUUGUGAAAAAAACAACAUUAAGAUGUUAGAUAUGGCGGAAAGUUAUGGUAAUAAAAGAAACCGAAAGUAUGUCGUUACUAACCGACAUCAUUUUGAAGUUAAGGUUUUUAAUACGGUUUUGGAUAUGCAACUUCAAGAACUUGGAAGCCGAUUUAGUGAGGUCUCAACUAGUUUGAUAGAAAAUAUGUCGGGUUUAAAUCCUUGUAAUUCGUUUGCUAAAUUUGACAUAUCAAAGAUAGUGAAGUUUUCUGAAAUGUAUCCGAAUGACUUUAAUAAAGAAGAAAGAGGGGUUCUUACGGGUGAUCUUUCGACAUUUUAUCACACUUUAAAGGAAGAUGAUAAAUUUGCAAAUUUAACUGGAUUGAGUGACCUUGCUCGUGUAAUGGUGGAAACCGGAAAAAAUGAAACUUUUCCUUUGGUUUAUCGAACAUUGAAGCUAGCACUGGUUUUAUCGGUUGCAACCGCAACCGUUGAAAGAUGUUUUUCUAAAAUGAAGCUUAUCAAGACGGAUUUACGCAAUCGGAUGGGUGAUGAGUAUUUGAACAACGCUCUAAUUUGUGCGGUCGAAAAAGAAUUUUUUUGUAAAGUAAAAGAAGAGGAUGUCAUGGCCCGGUUUCAAGCUAUCAAAAACCGAAGAGGAGAAUUCAUUUAG